GACAACAGCAGCAACAAGAAGCAAGCAUGAAGAAGGUGAAGGGAUGCUUGGUGGUGCCACGGGACGAGAAUUGGUUGGAGUUGCAGCAGUUGUUGCAGUCGAUGGGCGACGAAAACCCGUCAGUGAAGCAGGGAAAGAAGCGUGGCGAUCGUCUGGCAUCAUUUCGUGUGAUGCGCGACAAUUUGAUGCAUCAAAUGGAGUCGAUCGUGCUUCAAGAAGCAGAAUUAGGCUCAGCAUUGGAGCUAUUGGACUACACAAAGCAAAAGUGUGACCAGCAACACGACGCCAUUGUGCAGCGCCUUGAAAACUGCGAAGAAAUGUUAAGAUCUUUAGAGGAUGGAGCAACAGAAUCUCUCCCUAUCGAGAGCUUGUUACGUGAACAGGAGUAUGCUAGAUGGACACAAACCAAGGAAAUGGUCACGACUAUUUUACCUCAAGUUCUAACUCGACUAGAAGACAACAUCGAUCUGAAUAACGCCAAGAUUCGAGACGUUCGAGACAAGAUGGAGGAGCUGCGAGCGAAACGUCUCGCUCUACGUGAAGAGAUUGCAGCCAAAGAAGAAGAUAUUGCCUUGAUGCUCAAUGAUAAAGCCAUCUAUUGACAUGUAUACACCCGGAACUCAGUUAAACAGAUGGUGCUUGUCCCGC